AUGGAGUCCACAACAGCACCACCACCACAGGACGCGGCAAAGAUUGAGCGAAGAGGCUCAGCACCAGUCAAACGCAGAGUAAGCCGCGCAUGCGAUCAUUGCCACCGCAUGCGCACACGGUGUAACGGUCAGGCACCAUGCUCGCGCUGCAUAGAACUUGAAUAUGUUUGCCAGUACAACCGUGAAAAGAAACGCAGAGGAAAAGUCCCGCGACACAUCCAGAAGCAAAGAGAAGAAGCUGCUGCCGGUGGCGGCGGCGGUAGCCCACAGACGCCAAAUGGAAUCAACGGUUACUUUGAGAGGCCCAACGUCAUGAACGAAAUGGAAGAGGAUGUAUGGUCGCAAUCAGAAGCAACGCCCGUCGUACAGCAUUUCCCAUCGACCAAGACCGGCUUACCCACAGGUGACUGGCAGGCUUUGAACUCUGGCGCCGCUUUUGACCCUCCUGUCAACCACAUGAUGAUCGACCCUUUGCUCCUUGGAUCAGGUGCCGCCUACCCCCCAAUGCACGCCGAGAUGCCGCGCGAGGAGCUCAUGUAUGCCAUGAAUGGCAUCCACCUCAUACCCGGCUCCAAUGGCACUCCAGUAUCCAUCCCCACUGAAUACGCAAACAUGGCCUACCACAUGCACUACCAACAAGCCGCACGACAGUCCUCACCUCACAGCUAUGGCUCCGCAGACACUGGAUCGCCACAGUCAGGCGUUAGCGCAAACUCAUCACAGCACAGUGGCCCCAUGCUUUCUUGCAGAUACCCUGUUUUGAAGCCGCUGCUACCACAUCUUGGUAGCAUCAUGAACAUCCCCACCGCCUGCGAUCUUCUCGAAUUCUACUUUCAGAGCUCUUCGUCCGUCUUCAUGGAGCCCGUCUCACCAUACAUUCUUGGAUCCGUCUUUAGGAAACGGAGCUUUUUGCGUCAACAUAACCCGAGGCGAUGCAGUCCAGCCCUGUUAGCCAGUAUGCUCUGGGUUGCAGCUCAAACCAGCGAGGCCAGUUAUCUCACCUCAUCACCUUCAGCAAGAGCCAUCAUUAGCCAAAAACUGUGGAAAUUGACCGUCGAACUAUUGAAACCCCUGGUCCAUUCUCCAUCCUCGCACGGCUUCACCCCUGGACCUGGCGUUACCUCUGCUGCUCACGACGCUUUUGGCGUGGAUCGGGUAAUAGGGAGGUACGACGGAAGAGCAGACGGAGCAUUGCCACCAACCAGCACGCUAGACGACGUUGCUACAUAUAUCAACCUUGGGGUGGUUACUUCAGCAAGCGAGUACAAGGCGGCUUCUUUGAGGUGGUGGAACGCGGCAUGGUCGCUAGCUAGGGAGCUAAAGCUGGGCCGAGAACUGUCUCAAAAGCCGCCCAAAGAACACGAAGGAAACGCGACUGAUGGAGAAGUUGAUGUUGGCGUAACUGACGGUACCGGUACUCAAGCGCCUGCAGGUACCCCAGCUGCAGCCAUCAUCGAAGAAAUGAAAGAGGAGAGGCGACGGUUGUGGUGGCUGCUCUACAUGGUUGAUCGACAUCUUGGACUCUGCUAUAACCGCCCGCUGGCCAUGCUGGAUAAUGAGUGCGAGGAUCUAUUUCAACCAGUCCCCGACACUCUUUGGCAACAGGGUGAAUUCUACACUGGACACGCAGGACCACGGAAGCGGGGACUCAAUUUCCAGUGCACAUCACACGAUGUUUUUGGCUUCUUCUUGCCGCUGAUGACAAUCCUUGGCGACAUUGUAGAUUUGAAUGCGCAAAAGAACCACCCAAGGUUCGGUCAGCGGUCAUCUUGGGAACUUCAUGAGGCUGAAAUUACCCGCCAAUUGGAGCGGUACGCGUACAGUAUUGAGGAGUUCAAAGCGCAAUACGGCUGCGGCCCGAAUGAGGAAGCACAACCAAACACUACACCGGAUCCGGUUCGAGCCGAAUGGAUUCACCAAACAAAAAAGGUUGCCGCAUACGCCACACACAUCAUGCACGUGCUUCAUAUUCUGUUGCACGGCAAAUGGGAUCCAGUAGCGCUUUUGGAAGACGACAACAUGUGGGUGUGCUCACCGUCUUUCCUCGCCGCGACUUCAAACGCCAUCACAGCGGCCCAUGCAGUCGAUGUAAUUCUGGAUGUCGAUCCCGACCUAUCCUUUAUGCCCUACCUGUUCGGCAUGUAUCUGCUCCAAGGAAGCUUGAUUCUGUUGCUCUUGGCCGACAAGCUGUCGACCGAGACCAACGAGAAUGUGAUCCGUGCCUGCGAAACAAUUGUACGGGCGCACGAAGCCGCUGUGGUGACGCUCAACACAGAGUAUCAGCGUAACUUCCGGAAAGUUAUGAUAUCCACAUUGGCUCAAAUCAAGGGCCAUGGCCAUGCGAGGGAGAUGACACCAGCCAAACGGAGAGAGGUGCUCUCGCUAUACCGAUGGACCAGUUUAGGCAACGGUCUAGCAAUUUAG